CCGCGAGAUUUGAGAUAUCUGUCUCCAGUGUCCGCACUCGUCGGAACUUGUCGCAAACGCCAAUUGUCAACCGUUUUUAACAAUGUAAUCCGGGAAUAUUAAUUUCACUGAUGAUCUGUUAAUGAGAAGAAAUUUUCGUCAUAUCCGUGAAGACGUGGGUUUGAACUAAGUACGCGAUAAUUUGUGUUCUCGAUCAUUCUCAACUAAAUUCGGCUAUAAAAGACAAGGAUCGCAUUAGAUCCCCCUAGAAUAACAGAAAGAGGCUUAAAAGAACACUCAGACAUGAAUGCUUUACAUCUAAUGUGUUUGGUGGUACUGUCUCUGACUUUACUCGGAAAUUAUAUCUGCUCUUCGGAACCACAGCAGUAUUAUGGGGACGGUGACGAAUUUGCCGAACCAACUGAAGAACAGCGAAUGAUGAUAAAUGAUCAAUUCAAAAGACAGCUAUUGAAAAAUUUGAACCAACUCCGAGACAACGGAAAGUUGAAAAGACUAAUGGCUCAAAAAAGAUUUUCUACUGACAGACAAACAAGAGGUGGUGUAGCAUUGUGUUUGUGGAAAGUGUGUCCGGCUGGUCCAUGGCUUGUACAGAAGUAAAAUCACCAAGACCGUACCAAAUCCAAAUCCAGUCUGUACAGAGUGCCGCCUCAUUAAUAUUUAACUGUUCCAUUUCCAUUGUCAACAAUAAACUAUACGAUGUUGCACAAUUAAUACAAUAGUUGUAUAUAGCGUUUUUGACAUUGAAGAAAUAGGUAAAGCUAGAUUUCAUGUCAUAAAUGAGUAAACAAGUGAUUGUUUGAAGAAACUUCUUAAUGACGCUGAGUUUAUAUCCUGCCUGGGCUUUUUUUUCUGUCUUACUGAUUUGGUGCUGAAAAGUAUGUUUACUAACAAAUAUUACAUGCAUGUACUAAUAAAAAUAAAUAGUCCUACAAAUAAA